UAAUUAUUAUUGAUAAAUAAAUAAAUAAAAGAGAAAAAAUAAUAAAUGCAAAUUUUUAAAAAUAUCUAUAAAAUAAUAUUAUAAAAACAAUAAAUAGUCGGAAUAUUAGACAAGAUUUAAAACUUAUAAUGGAAUUUGAACCGAAACAUUUUUUAAGAUGUCAUUCUAAAACAGACACCGACACAGCAAAUGUUUCCACACAGGUUUGGCAAGCGGUUUUUGAACCAAACGUCGGUUCUAAAAUGUCUUAUUUGGUUGCUACAUGCGGUGGCGAUAAAGUUUGUGUAAUCAACGUCAAAACUGGCAUUGUUCAAUAUAGAUACUCUUAUUCAAAAGGAUUAUUGUAUACUGUGUCGUGGUGUACUGCUUGCCCUAACAACAAUAUAUUGGUAACGUCUGGAACUGCUUGUACUAUUGUGUUUAUAGAUCUACAGUCUGAAUCAGCGUAUCUCACUUAUAAUUUAUUUCAAAGCAAGAAGCUCAGAAAAGUAUUUGUUUGUUCAACUAUAUUUCAUCCAUAUGAGAGAAAGCUAUUUUGUGCCGUUAAUACUGGAAAUAUUUUUAUACUCGGAUUUGAUAUUGAUGGUUCACGCAUAGUAAAUAUUGUGCAGUUAAAUACUAUUGAAACGGAGUGUGAAAUAUUUGGAUUAACUGUUUGUGAAAAAAUGAAUUACCUACUCAUCGCUACCAACAAAGGUCUGAUGGGAACGACAAUAAGUGAUAAGUAUAGCCACAAACCUACAGUUUUUGAACUUCCCGCAAACCCAAACGAAUUGUACAAAUAUCAACAUGAAAAAGUGAUAGAUUGCAUCGAAGUUGUCAAUGGAAGUUGGAUAGCGACGAAAGUCGCUUUACACGGUGUUAUUUAUAUAUUCAAUUUAGAAACUGUGUUGGCAAAUAUGAACAAUAAUAAAUGUGUUGUUCAACCUACGUAUAUACUUAAUUGGAGCGAUACUGACAACUAUUUUAUGAGUUGUGGGAUAGGACUAGGUGGCAAGCUUGUGGCAUGUGGCGAUGAUAAAGGGGGCGUUUGGAUAUAUGAUCUUAAGCAUUUAGAUUUUAAAACCGUACAAAAAAAUACAGAAACCAUCGAUCCUAAUAAGGUUCUGAAGUGGCCCAAAGUUCAUGACAGUUACUUGAAAAAAAAGAAAAAACUAGAAGUCGAUAUUUACGAUAUAGUUGUUGCAAAAUGUGCCGUACAUUGUAGCGGUAAAUACCUUGUGGCAGUCACCAACAACAAUUUUGUAUGUAUAUAUUCAAAAUGAAUCAUGUGAAAAUGUACUUUACAACAUUUUUAUAAUGAACUUUU